UCACUGCAGCGGUGCAACAGCGGUGUAUGCACUAUUAUUGCUAUUAUACUAUUCUUUUUGUGUUAGAAUGUAGAAUUUAUACUGAAUAUAUAACAUGUUAUAAUUUUAAACCAAAACAUAGAGAGUAAAAAACAAUAUGUGGUCUAUAAUAAUUUUAGUUAUAUUCUCAAUUAUUGCUUUUCUGAUUACCGAUGAAUUGAUACCCAAUUUGAAGGAAUUGUUCAUAAAAGCUGGUUUAGGUGGGAUAGAUUUAUGUAAAACUAGCAAGGAGAAAAUUCCUGAAGCGUUGGGAGUGGUCUCAGGAUGUGUAUUUCUGGUGACAUGUUUCUUAUUCAUUCCUAUAGUUUUUGGCAACAGCCUUAUGGACACUGCAAAUUUCCCUCAUAAUGAAUUUGCAGAGUUGUUAGCAGCCCUCCUGUCCAUAUGCUGCAUGCUGCUGCUAGGGUUCGCAGAUGAUGUUUUAGACCUACGGUGGCGCUACAAGUUACUGCUGCCGACUAUAGCAUCCCUGCCUUUGCUGGUGGUCUACUAUGUCAAUUUCAACUCCACUACAUUCAUUGUACCAAUGCCUUUGAGGCACUGGCUCGGAGUAUCAAUUAAUAUUGGAUUUCUCUACUACAUCUACAUGGGAAUGUUGGCAGUAUUCUGCACAAACGCCAUCAACAUCCUAGCUGGGAUCAACGGCCUGGAGGUCGGCCAGUCCGUGGUCAUCGCCAUCUCCAUCAUCAUCUUUGACAUCAUCGAGUUAAGGGGAGACCAGUACAAGGCCCACACAUUCUCACUACAUAUCAUGAUCCCUUACCUGACUACUGCACUGGCAUUGCUGAAGCACAAUUGGUACCCGUCCCGAGUGUUCGUCGGCGACACGUUUUGCUACGUCUCCGGCAUGACUUUCGCCGUCGUCGCCAUCCUGAGCCACUUCAGCAAGACAGUCAUCCUCUUCUUCAUACCACAAGUCAUCAAUUUCCUCUACUCAGUACCACAGCUUUUCCGUUUCAUACCCUGCCCCCGCCAUCGCCUCCCUAAAUACAGCGCUGAACUAGAUUUACUACAACCUAGUAGAACUGUUAUAGUUAAAAAAGAAAUGAAACUAUUAGACUCUUUAAUGCUUGAAAUCUUAACUGUGCUACGCUUAGUAGAUAGAAGAGAAGACAAUGAAAGCAUAACCAUAAACAAUUUGACUUUAAUAAAUUUCUUUUUAAUCAAACUUGGGCCUAUGUCGGAGGUUAGAUUAACGACAAAAUUAAUGCUCUUCCAAGUUUUAUGCACUUGUAUCGCAUUUCUAAUAAGAUAUCCGUUGGCGUCAUAUUUUUAUGACACGUAAUUAGGUAAGAAUAUUUCCAUUUAGUUUUAAGAUAGAUAAAUACUAAAUGAAUGUUUUUACAAGUGUUGUUUUCGUUGCGUUACUUAUUUAUAUUUUAUGAAUAUAGUGUUUCAUGUAAUUAAACUCAGAAUUUAUGGUAAACUGAUCACAGUCGUCGAAAUAGUCAACUAACCAUAUUUGAACCUUAUUACUAAUGACAUACGGUCCACUAGUAAAUAGUCAAUUGUGUUUGUACAGUCAACAUCAUUAGUAGCGGUUUAAAGCGACGUGCCAACCUCUAAUACUUUCAGAAUGGAAGUAAAUCUACAGUUCUCGUUCAAUAGUAUUUAAUUUUUCAGAAUUGCAGAUUCUUUUGACGUGUAGUCUCAUCCGUUACUUUUGAUGGUCACUGUAGUAACAGCAACACUCUGACCUCGAUGUACCUUAUGUCUUUGUAAUAAGGUUUACAUUGUCAGUUGAUAAUGGAUUCACAUUCUGGCAAUCACGUUGUGCAUAAAUGGGUGAAAAUCUCGGGUGAAAAUUGACUUGCCAAGUGAAGUAAUGAGUUGAUCAUUAGUCCUUGUUUGAUCUGAUGAAAUAUUCAAAGAGAUAGAAGAUUGUCAACAAGAUUAAAUAUUAGGCAUGUAAAAUAUACCAAUUUGAGAUAAAUAUUAACAAAAGUAAA